AUGACGACCGAUAUCGGAGUGUCGGUGCGAUGGGAUCCGGUCACACAACAAGACCAGGAGGACUACGACUACGACGGCGGCAACAGCUCCUCCAGACUCUUCGAGAGGUCCCGUAUAAAAGCAUUGGCAGAUGAACGCGAGUCGGUCCAGAAGAAGACAUUCUGCAAAUGGGUUAACUCACAUCUGGUUCGCGCCAACAGCCGAAUCACCGACUUAUACACAGAUCUAAGAGAUGGCAAAAACCUGAUUAAAUUAUUAGAAAUCCUUUCGGGAGAGAGACUGCAAAAGCCGACUAAAGGAAAGAUGAGAAUCCAUUGUCUGGAGAAUGUGGACAAAGCGCUGCAGUUUCUGUUACGCGAACAGAGAGUACAUCUCGAAAAUCUUGGUUCCCAUGAUAUCGUUGACGGCAAUCCUCGUCUCACUCUGGGUCUCAUUUGGACCAUUAUAUUGCGGUUCCAAAUACAAGACAUCACUAUCGAAGAGGUGGACAAUCAGGAGACGAAGUCAGCAAAGGAUGCGCUAUUGUUAUGGUGUCAGAUGAAGACCGCCGGUUAUCACGCGGUGAACGUCCGUAACUUCACCAACAGUUGGAAAGAUGGUCUGGCCUUCAAUGCGCUCAUUCAUAAACAUAGACCAGAUUUGAUACAAUACGACAAACUCUCGAAAUCCAAUGCAAUUCAUAACCUCAACAAUGCCUUCACUGUCGCCGAAGAGAAAUUAGGUUUGGCUUCACUUCUUGACGCCGAAGACGUGUUCACAGAAAAUCCGGACGAGAAGUCUAUCAUUACAUAUGUCGUCACUUAUUAUCAUUACUUCUCGAAGAUGAAGGCCGAGACGGUUCAGGGAAGACGUAUCGGCAAAGUUGUUGGACAGGCGAUGGACAACGAGAAUAUGAUUCACGAAUACGAAACCCUCACAUCAGAUCUGCUUAAAUGGAUUGAACAGAUGAUCGACUCGUUGUCUGACAGGAAUUUUGCCAAUUCUUUGAAUGGCGUUCAGCAACAGUUGUCCGCCUUUAGUAACUAUAGAACCGUCGAAAAGCCCCCGAAGUUCAUCGAAAAGGGAAAUUUGGAAAUACUUUUGUUCACACUUCAAAGCAAAAUGCGAGCAAACAAUCAGAAGCCAUAUCUGCCAAAAGAGGGCAAAAUGAUAUCCGAUAUAAACAAGGCGUGGGAACGGCUCGAAAAGGGCGAACACGAGCGCGAGUUGGCUCUGAGAGAAGAACUCAUACGACAGGAGAAAUUGGAACAAUUGGCCGCACGUUUCGACCGAAAGGCCGGAAUGAGGGAGACGUGGCUCUCAGAGAAUCAACGACUUGUCUCUCAAGACAACUUUGGUUUUGAUUUGCCGGCAGUCGAGGCGGCGGCUAAGAAACACGAAGCCAUUGAGACGGAUAUAUUCGCUUACGAAGAACGAGUUCAAGCGGUGGUCGCCGUUGCUCUGGAAUUAGAGGCCGAGAACUAUCACGACAUCGAUCGCAUCAAUUCGCGCAAAGAUAAUGUUCUCAGACUUUGGAACUAUUUGUUGGAAUUGUUGCGAAACAGAAGAUCACGACUUGAAAUGUCAAUGGCUUUGCAGCAGUCCUUCCAAGAAAUGGUUUAUAUAUUGGAUUCUACGGACGAAAUCAAAGCCCGUCUCUUAUCAGACGACUUUGGAAAGCAUUUAAUGGGUGUCGAAGAUCUGCUCCAAAAGCACAGUCUGGUUGAGGCGGAUAUCAAUGUUUUGGGCGAAAGAGUUAAGACAGUCGUUCAUAAUUUGCAAUACUUUAUUACUGAAGAAUCGUUGAGUGGUUACAAACCGUGUGAUCCAGAGAUUGUUGACGAACGCAUCAGACAAUUAGAGGCCGCGUAUUCAGAACUGGUCCAACUGGCCAUCGAUAGAAGAGGCAAACUCGAGGAGUCCCGCAAAUUGUGGCAAUUCUAUUGGGAUAUGUCUGAAGAGGAGGCUUGGAUUAAAGAGAAGGAACAGAUCCUCUCCUCUGCAGAGAUUGGACACGACUUAACGACUGUUCAUCUGCUCAUCAGUAAGAAUAGAGCGCUUGAAGACGAGUUGGCGGCACACGAGCAGCAGCUGAUGGCUGUCGUCAGAGUCGGCGACGAUCUCAUAAAUGCCGGUCAUUUUGGAGCUGAAAAUAUUGAACAACGCAUUCAUGAAAUUAUGAGCGUUUGGGACAACCUUAAGGAACUCCAGGCGUUGAGGACAAUGCGAUUGACUGAAGCCAUUGAUUUCCAUCAGUUCUUCGCUGAUGCGGAUGAUGUGGACGCCUGGAUGUUAGACACACUGCGUUUGGUCUCCAGCGAAGACGUUGGCGUCGAUGAGGCGAACGCACAGUCUUUGCUUAAGAAACACAAUGAAAGCGCAGAAGAAUUGAAGAGUUAUUCAUCAGUAAUCGACGCUUUGAAAGAGCAGUCAAAUUCAUUGGGAGAAUCCGACAGACAAGACCCGGAAGUGUUGGAUAGAAUCGCGACGAUUGAGCGCCGCUAUAAAGAACUGCUCGAAUUGGCUAAACUCCGAAAGCAGCGCCUUUUGGACGCCAUAUCUCUUUAUCAGCUCUUUAGCGAAGCCGAUGGCGUCGAGCAAUGGAUCGCCGAAAAGGAGAAGAUGUUGUCUUCAAUGGUAAUGAGCAGAGAUAUGGAAGACAUUGAAGUUAUGAAACAUCGAUUCGAGACCUUUGAUCAGGAGAUGAAUUCAAACGCUAAUAAAGUGGCGUUUGUUAACCAAUUGGCGGCCCAACUGCUGAACGUAGAGCACCCCAACUCUGAACAAAUCCUCGCGCGUCAGAACCAACUCAACCAAAGAUGGUCUGAAUUGCGCGAAAACUCUGAACAAAAACGCGAGGAAAUCAAUUCAGCGCAUGGCGUCCAGACUUUCCACAUUGAAUGUCGAGAGACUAUUUCAUGGAUCGAAGAAAAGACUAAAUUAUUGCAAUCAACCGAAGACUUAGGAAAUGAUUUGACGGGUAUUAUGACUCUCCAAAGAAGACUGAGUGGAAUGGAGAGAGAUUUGGCGGCCAUUCAGGUCCAGUUGGAUCAGUUGGAGACAGAAGCAGAUAAGAUGAAGGCUGACCAUCCCGAAGAAGUGGAAGCUAUCUCUGAACGUGUGUCACAAAUAUCGCAAGUUUGGGAACAGUUGACGCAAUUGCUUAAGGAUAGAGAUGCGAAGUUGGAAGAGGCCGGAGAUCUGCACCGAUUCCUUCGAGAUUUGGAUCACUUCCAGGCGUGGCUCACAAAGACUCAAACAGACGUGGCGUCAGAGGACACGCCUAACAAUUUGGCCGAAGCGGAGAAGCUGUUGAGUCAACACCAGCAGAUCCGCGAAGAGAUCGAUAACUACACGGAAGACUACAACUCAAUGAUGGAAUACGGGCACCGAAUCACUCACGACCAGACAGACCCGCAGUACAUGUUUCUGCGCGAGAGGUUAAAAGCGCUGAGCGAUGGCUGGACUGAAUUGCAUAAGAUGUGGGAAAACCGACAGCAGCUGUUGUCGCAGAGUUUGAAUCUUCAGAUGUUUUUACGCGAUUCAAAACAGGCGGAAGUGUUGCUCAAUCAACAGGAGAACUACUUGUCCAAAGACGAGACGCCGACCACAUUAGAACAGGCGGAGAAUCUUCUCAAACGACACGAGGCUUUCCUCACCACAAUGGAGGCCAAUGACGACAAAAUCAAUGGCGUUAUUCAGUUCGCUCACAGACUCAGCGAAGAACAACAUUUUGAUUCCGACAAAAUCAUUAGAAAAGCUGAAAAUGUUAACGACAGGAGACAAUCAAACAGAGAAAAGGCUCAGCAGAUGACCGAUAAACUACGAGAUGACCUCCAAUUGCAGCAAUUCCUCCAGAAUUGUCAGGAACUGAACGAAUGGAUUCAAGAGAAAUAUAUCAUCGCUCAGGACGAGACCUAUCGCAGCGCUAAAACGGUUCACAGCAAAUGGACUCGACAUCAGGCGUUUGAGGCAGAAAUAGCGGCCAAUAAAGACCGACUGUUUCAAGUGCAACAAGAAGGCCAGAACCUGAUCCAAGUGAAGCCAUCGAUGCACUCUCUGGUUGAGCCCAAAUUAGCCGAAUUGGAGCAACAGUUUGAAGCACUCGAGAGCACUACCAGUGAAAAGGGUCUGAAAUUAUUUGACGCCAACCGACAAGUGCUAUACGAACAGACGUGUGACGACAUCGACACUUGGAUUACCGAAUUGGAGAGUCAAGUGUUGACUUCAGAGACCGGUCAGGACUUGACGAGUGUUAAACUCAUAUUAGAAAAGCAACAAAUGAUCGAAACACAAAUGGCUGUCAAAGCGAAACAAGUGAAUGAAUUGGAGUCUCAGGUCGAGUACUUAGAGAAGAUGGAACCCGAGAAGACCGACGAGAUUAAGGCCAAGAAAGUGUACGUCGAGGAGAGGUUCCAAAGACUUCAGGCGCCGCUUCUCGAGAGGAAGAAUCAGUUGCUUAAGAAGAAGGAGGCGUAUCAGUUCAGACGCGAUGUCGAGGACGAGAAGAUGUGGAUUCAGGAGAAGAUGCCAUUGGCCACCAGCUCUGACUACGGCAACAGUCUGUUCAGCGUUCAGAUGCUUAUUAAGAAAAAUCAAUCGCUACGAACCGAAAUCGAUAAUCACGAGCCGAGGAUUCGCAAUAUAUGCGAAAAUGGCCGCAAACUUAUUGAUGAGGGACACGAAGAUUCGUCUGAAUUUGAGCGUCUUAUCAAUGAGUUGAUAGAAGUGUGGGCACAACUCAAAGACAAAAUGGAUAAUAGAAAGGCUAAGCUCUUGGAGUCGGAAAGAGCUCAGAAAUACUACUUUGAUGUCUCGGAAGCUGAGUCUUGGAUGAGUGAACAGGAGUUAUAUAUGAUGGUCGACGACAGAGGAAAGGAUGAGUUUAGCGCUCAGAACCUCAUGAAAAAACACGAAUCACUCGAGAAUGCAGUGGAGGACUACGCGGAGACUAUUCGACAAUUGGGUGAGACUUCCAAACAACUCAUCCAUGAAGAACAUCCGCAGAGUGAUGCUGUGGGUGUCCGUCAAUCACAAGUGGAUAAACUAUACGCCGGUCUAAAGGAUCUCUCACUGGAAAGACGCGCUAAACUGGAAGAAGCGUUGAAAUUAUUUUCAUUGAACAGAGAAGUGGAUGACAUAAUGCAAUGGAUCGCUGAACGCGAAGUAGUGGCCGGUUCUCACGAAUUGGGUCAGGACUUCGAUCAGGUCUCUCUCCUUAAAGAGAGGUUCAAAGCCUUUGCGAGAGACACAGAAAUGACUGGAAAUGAAAGAGUUUCUGUGGUUAACGAAAACGCGGACCAUUUGAUUAAUAGCGGACACGCGGACAGCGCCACAAUCGCCGAAUGGAAGGACACAUUGAACGAGGCGUGGGCUGACCUCUUGGAACUGAUCGAAACGCGCACUCAAAUGCUGUCCGCGUCGUGGGAUUUGCAUAAGUUUUUCCACGACUGUAAAGACGUUUUCGCGCGUAUUCUUGAGAAACAGAACGCCAUGUCUGACGAGUUGGGUCGGGACGCGGUGUCCGUUUCGAGUUUACUCCGAAAACAGGCUAAUUUCGAGCACGACUUACAAACGCUUGGAAACGCUGUCCAACAGAUCCGCGACGAGUCCGGGAAACUGCAGACGGCAUACGCCGGCGAUCGCGCCCGAGAUAUAGUGAACAGAGAGUUAGACGUCGCGAACGCGUGGAAAAAACUUCUCGGAAUGUGUGACAUUCGUAGAGUCAAACUCGAAGACACCGGUGAUCUCUUCCGCUUCUUAAAUUUGGUCAGAGAUUUAAUUCUAUGGAUGGAAGACGUCGUCAGACAAAUGAAUACCUCUGAGAAGCCGAGAGAUGUAUCCGGAGUUGAGCUCCUCAUGAAUAACCACCAGAGCCUUAAAGCUGAGAUCGACGCCCGAGAAGACAACUUCUCCUCAUGUGUUAGUUUGGGUAAAGAGCUCCUCAAUCGAAGUCAUUACGCGUCGAAUGAAAUCAAAGAAAAACUACUGACGCUUACGAACCAAAGAGGAGGUCUCAUGAAUCGAUGGGAAGAGCGUUGGGAACACUUGCAGCUCAUUCUCGAAGUAUACCAAUUUGCGAGAGACGCGGCGGUGGCCGAGGCGUGGCUCGUGGCACAGGAUCCAUACCUCUUAAGCCAGGAAUUGGGACAUACCAUCGAUGAAGUGGAUCAACUCAUUAAGAAACACGAGGCCUUUGAAAAAUCUGCGUCCGCACAAGAGGAGAGAUUUGCAGCUCUGGAACGGUUGACAACGCUUGAGUUGAAAGAACAGGAAAACCCCUCACAAGACGUUGAGCUUAGAAGAAGAGCUUAUGACGAACUCGACGAUCAUAUGCGCAGAUCACCUAUAAUACUAAGCCACUGUGAAAAGGGAGUAAAGAACCGAAACAAGAAGAAGAUCAGGAACUCCGCCGCCAAGAAGAACAGGCGAAACUCAGACCACAGAAGUCUAUAUCACCCGAUGAACAACCAUAUGAUAGAAUAUAAGAAACAAGAAGAAGAUCAGGAACUCCGCCGUCAAGAAGAACAGGCGAAACUCAGACCACAGAAGUCUAUAUCACCCGAUGAACAACCAUAUGAUAGAGCUGAUGGCACAGAAUUUGGCGCCACAUCUGGUGAUGUCGAAGUCGAGGAGAAGAUUGAGAAAGUGGUUUUAACACAAACUCCUAAAACUCCGACCCUUUCGACUGUAUCGGAAGCGACAGCUAUUUCUACACCUGUUUCCCGGUCUCCGUCUCAGCCGCGCUCUGUUCAGACCACCCCGAUCCCUUCCACUUCCAAAGACAAGAGAUCUAUCUCUAGCGCGAGAUUCAGCGGCAAGUCGUCAACCUCUGCAUCGUGGGAUAAAGUGUAUGUCGUCUUAAAAAGUGGUCAACUCUUGACAUAUAAGGAUCAGAAACACUACAAACAGGACAAAGGCAGCGAAGCAGCCAUUGAUUUGAAAGGCAUUGUCAUUGAAAUUGCCGCCAAUUAUACGAAGAAGAAGCACGUGUUUAGACUGAAGCUUCCGAAUGGCGCAGAAUUCCUGUUCCAAGCGAAGGAAGACGAAGAGAUGAACGUCUGGAUGAAUAAGAUUCAGUCGGCCAUCACUGAAAUGGAGUCAUCGCCCGGACCCUCGCGUUCGCAGACAAUGCCCGCUAAAGGAGACGACGACCGCAAAGACGAGCCCAAAAAGAGAGGAUUCUUCACAUUAAAGAAAAAAUAA